AUGGACGCAAAAGCCCUUCGCGACAAUGACCAUAAUGCUGGUCGCAGAGUCCGUGAGCUCUAUCGCUAUUUCCGCCCCGAACCGUCUCCGUUUCUCCCUCGAGACCACAAUCUUGCUUCCUCAUCGUCAUCCCUAGAGGAGGGGGUCCCUCCAACGUCCUUUGCUGGUACUCCUCCAGUUCUCGAUCCCCCUGUCCCUCCUUCUCUUGCGACUCCUAACGUGCUGGUUUCUGAUGGCUUAACGUUGGGGAGUCCGAAUGCGACGCUGAACUCGUUUGCGCAGCUGGCUGCGUUGCGUUUGAAUGUGCAGCGUGUAUUGAUCAGUGUUUCGGAUCGCGACUCACAGUUUAUUCUAGCGGAAGCGACUCAGUCGUUAAAUGUCAAUAACCACACCGAACAUGCAAAUGCUGGAGAUGGAGUUUGGGCUGGUUGUUCGACCAUUGAGAAUACGUUGAGCAUGUGUAGAGAAACUGUCGCUCUUCCCCCAUCGGCUAGGUCAUCGGGGGAUUACCGUUUCCUAAUCGUCAACGAUCUCAGCAAAAAUGACCGCUACAAGCAUCUCCCCAUUGUUCAAGGAGAUCCACAUUUCCGUUUCUACGCCGGGACUCCUUUGACUACCGAAACUAACAUCAAUAUUGGUUGUUUCUUUGUGCUUGAUAACCGCCCCCGGAACGGUCUGACCGACCAAGACAAAGAAAUGAUGGGCUCCUUGGGCAUGCUCAUUAUGGACUAUUUCAAGGUCAGUCGACAGGCAUCCGAAGGUCGUCGUGCCGCUCGUUUGUCUCGCGGUCUCAGCUGCUUUGUCGAGGGAAGCUCUAGCUUCGUGGAUAGUGGUCAUCCUUCUGUCUAUUCAGCCAGUACUAGCAGCCCGUCGUUGUCCACUCACCUCAGACCCAAUCUGUCCAUUGGCUCAUGUAACAGUGGUCUUGAUGCACCCUCGCGUCGAUCCCACAGCACUGAUACCCGCUCCUUCAGCUCUGCAUCCGAAUAUAAAGUUGACCAGCAAGGGAUUUCUUCAGGCCCUGAGACGCCUCUUCCUGACUGGUGGUCUGGAAGUAGGCGAAAAGGACUAUCCCUGGAGGAGACACAUGGCAACUCUUGGGCCUUUAGGCGAGCAGCAAACCUCAUCCGCGAAAGUCUCGAAUUAGGAGGCGAUGGUGGUGUCGUCUUCCUCGAGGCUGGCAAUGGCCCUGUCUCAGAUGUCGACUCGGGCAGUGACUGCUCCGCGGAUGGUGGUAAUCCAGCCUCCGUGUUGGCGAUUUCCACUAACGACGAACCCUUUGCUCCCGGACCCGGAUCGAGAGUUCUUUACCCUGCCGUCAAUCUCGAUCGCACAUUCCUGCGAAAAUUGAUACGUCGAUAUAGCAAGGGCAAGCUCUGGUCGUUUCAUCGCGAUGGGAUGCUGUCAAGCUCGGAAGACGAGCGCCAGCCUUCCCGGAAUAGAUUACCUAACAACAAGCCGAUGGAAAUGCCCAGAGGCAGCAAGAAGCGGAAAGAUAACGAAAAUUCCAUGUUGAAUUUAUAUUUCCCCAACGCCAGCCAAGUUCUCUUUGUGCCUUUGUGGAACCCCGCCAGCUCGCAGUGGUAUGCUGGGUGCUUCUGCUGGAACACGAUCGAAACGCAUGUGUUCAGUCCGUCGGUAGAGUUGAGCUCGCUUUUGGGCUUUGGAAGUUCUAUCAUGGCCGAGUGCAGUCGGGUGGAGUCGCUUAUUUCCGAUCGACAAAAAGGAGAUUUUAUUGGAAGUAUUUCACACGAACUGCGAAGCCCACUUCAUGGAAUUUUGGCAGCUGCGGAGUUCCUGAAUGGCAGCGAUCUUAAUGAAUUUCAGACUUCUUUACUCGAAACCAUCAACGCCUGUGGCCGUACAUUGUUAGACACAAUGAACCAGGUCUUGGACUUCAGCAAGAUUGUCUCGUUGGAGAGAACGUGGCGCCAUUUUAAACGAAACAAAGGAUCCUCUAUGGAGCUCAAGGGCAUGGAAUCGGUCAAUUCUUCGCAUCUCGAUACCUUUGUCGCGACUAAUCUCGCCAUACUGGCCGAGGAGGUCGUUGAGGGCGUAUGUCUGGGCCAUGCUUACGGACAAAAGGCCACUUCCAUGGUCGAUCAACCGGUAUUGGCAUCCCGUGUGCACCCCGACUCGCACGAGGAGACGAGUCCCCGACCCGAAGUUGAGGUGUCUAUGGAUAUUGCCCAAAACGAUUGGGUCUAUGAGACACAGCCUGGAGCUCUACGUCGAAUCAUUAUGAAUCUCUUUGGGAAUGCAAUGAAGUACACCGAAGUGGGCCGUGUCUCCGUCCGACUAGAAGUGACUGAAUCAUCCGAGCCCCGGUCACGACGAUAUGUGCCUGAGGAAUUAAUCACUCUGACUGUGUCGGAUACAGGAAAAGGUAUUUCAGAGGAGUUCCUUCGUGGACGCCUGUACACCCCUUUUGCCCAAGAAGAUACACUGGCAGUAGGCACCGGGUUGGGCUUAUCGAUUGUUCGGAGUCUGGUGAAGGCAUUGAAUGGAAAUAUCAAUAUCCACAGUCGCCCGGGCGAGGGGACCAUUGUCAAAGUAUCACUGCCUCUGAUGCGUCCGUCGAAGAAUGAAGUGACAGAAACCUCUCCACCACCGCUGCAACUGUCAUCUCAAACGAUUGAAAGAGACAAUUUCAGUCCAACUCGAUUACUUCGAGAUUCGCACUCGGGCAAGCGUGCCGCUAUUCUGGGCAUCGACCCAGCCAAGGCAGCUAAUCAUCACAUUUGGAGCAAUAUAACACGGUAUUUAACCGAGUGGUAUGGUUUGGAGCUGGUUUCUUGGCCGUCGGCAGACCAUAUCGACAUUCUUCUAGCGGACGAGCAGGUCAUGGCCAUCGAAUCGAAGAAGGACCAAUCACUAUUUACCACUACAAUUCCUUCUCUCCUCAUCCUCUGCAACAAGUCGGCGGAUUACAACACUGCCCGAUCUGAGUGGUCGCCCCUUGCUAGCUUCAUCGAGAUUAUCCGCCGACCCUGUGGACCACAUAAACUUGCCCGGAGUAUGCGCAAAUGUCUCGAUAAUAACAAAGUGGGUACCAUACAAAGUAACACCAUUGAGCUCCCCCUUCGUCCUGGUCCCGGGCCCUUGUUUGUUUCAUCAACAGUCGAGACGCGAACAUCUUCUUCGUCUUCACAACACGCCUCCGAUCUCGUCGAAGACACCACCUCGGAGCUCACCCCUCAGUCAACGGUGAGCUCCGGCGAUGGUCUGUCUACCAAAUCCUCUGGAGUAACAUCAGAUAAAGCUGAACUUAUUAUGUCUUCACCCCCACCGUCGCUGCCCCAAGAGAUCAAACCCACCCUUUCCCAAGACCGAAAUGCGCGUGUUCUAGUUGUGGAUGAUAAUUCGAUCAACCUUAACCUCAUGUUAACCUUCAUGAAGAAACGGAAACUGUUUGCCUUGGAGUCAGCAGCCAAUGGAAAGUUGGCCGUUGAAGCUGUAGAGCAAAUGCAGCAGGGCUAUGACAUUAUCUUCAUGGACAUGUCAAUGCCCGUUAUGAAUGGAUUCGAAGCAACGCGCGCCAUCCGCGCUCUGGAAAAAGAACGCGACGGCUGUGGUCCCGCCACUAUCAUCGCCUUGACGGGACUGAGCAGCCCGCGCGAUGAAACCGACGCCCUAGCCUCGGGUGUGGAUUUGUUCCUUACCAAGCCUGUUUCCUUCAAGGAGGUUUCGAGGCUACUUGAUGAGUGGGAGGGGAAGGGCCUGAAGCGGUCUUCUUCCGCUUGUGAUUGA